CUCUCAGUGCGGGACCAUACGGAGACGGUACCGCUGGAAGCGUCGGAAUCCAGCAGUUCGGAGGAGGAGGAGGAUGAGGAUGCGGAGAUGCUGACAGCUGAUGUGGAGAAAGACUUCCUUCGAACACUGUCUCUGAUUCACAGCAGAGAUCCCAGAAUCUACGACAACAAGACCCAGUUUUUCAGGAAAGACGAGAAUAAAGAGCAGAGGGAAAGAAAGGAGGAGAAGAAGGAGAAUAAACCAAUGUUUCUGAAGGACUAUGAGAGGAAGCAGUUGUUGGAGAGAGGAGUUAUGGCCGGAGUGAGUGACAGUGAGGAGGAUGAGGAAGACAUUGAGAAGAUGCCGGCAACAUAUCAGGAGGAACAGGAGCAAGUGAAGGCAGAGUUUCACCAGGCAGCAGCAGAGGAGGAGGAGGGAGAGAGUCUGUUGACACUUAGAAAGAAGGGCAAGGAAGAAAUAGAGGAAGAGGAGAGAGGCUAUGUCCAGUGGUUGAAGGGAGAGAGGGAGAGGAUGGAGGGAGGGGAGGAGGAAGAUUUCUCGGGUCUCCGGAGCCUCUGGUCGGCUCCUGACCUGGACUCUGGCGAGACAUUCCUCAGAGACUACAUCCUCAACAGACGGUUUGUCGACAGAGACACACUCACGCCUCGGGUGCCGUCUUACGACGAGAUUGUGGGCGGAGACUCUGAGGAGGAGGGGGAAGAGAAGAAAGUGGGCGUGUCAGAGGACGAGGAUGCACUGGACAGACAAGAAGAGUUUGAGAGGAAGUUCAAUUUCAGAUUUGAGGAGCCCGGAGGGGACCAGAUCACUUCGUAUCCUCGGACGGUGCUGGGGUCUGUGCGGAGAGAGGACGAGAGGCGGAAGGAGAAGAGGAAGGAGAGAGAGGAGAGGAGGGAGAGGGAGAAAGAGCAGAAACAAGAGGAGCUGAAGAGACUCAAGAAACUGAAGAGAAAGGAAAUCAGACAGAAAUUGGACAGAAUCAAGAGGAUAACUGGUAAUCCUAAUGUGGGGUUCAGCGAGGUUGACUUAGAGGGAGACUUCGACCCAGCCAGCUACGAUCAGACGAUGGGCAGGGCUUUUGACGACGAGUAUUACGUCAUGGAGGAGGAGGAGGGAGGGGUAGAGGAGGGGGAGGAAGAGGGGAAACCGGUGUUCUCAGAUGAUGAAGAUGGUGAGAUGUAUGGAGAUUGGGACCAGUGGGAUCCACAGCAGGAUCCUCACUGUGAAGACCUUGACUUCAACAUGGACGCGGACUUUGACCCAGAGACGGUGGCCCCGCCCACAAAGAAAUCCAAACUCCGCAGACACAGACACAAACUUGCGCAGGCCGUCUCCUCCAAGAAGCCCCAGUUUGAUCCCGAGGAGAAGACGUUUGAGGAGUACUUCGACGAGUACUACAGUCUGGACUAUGAGGACGUAAUAGGAGACAUGCCGUGCAGGUUCAAGUACAAUCAGGUCCCUUCUAACUCCUUUGGACUCACUGUCGAAGAGAUGCUGGCGUGUGAGGACAAGGAGUUAAACCAGUGGGCAUCUCUGAGGAAAGCAGUUCAGAUCAGAACGGAGGAGGAGGAGGAGAGGGACAAGAGACGGUACAAGAAACAGGCAAGGAAUUUCAAGAAAAAGUACCAGAUACUCGCCAGCCUCAAGGAGCCACAUGAAGAGCAAGAACAAGGGAAUGGGAGAAAGCCUCGUAAGAGAAAGGCUAGUAAAUCAAUAGACAGAGAAGUGGCUGAACAAGAGGGAGCGGACAUCGAUGAAGAGGAGGAGUGGGUCACAGAGAGAGAGGAGAAAGAUGCAGAGGACUCUGGCAGUGUUGCCUCUGGUGAUGUCAAGUCUAAACCUAAGAAAAAGAAGAGGAAAGCACUGGUGAGUGGCUCCACUACCGAGACAGACUCUACCGCUAAGACUGGCAAAAAACAGAAAAAGAAGAAGAAAAAGCCGAAGGUUCCCGGUUCAGCCGCUACAAAACUUUCCACAGCCAGACUAAAAUCUUACGGGUUGUAAAAAAAAUCGAGCGAGCUGUUUUCUAAUUGUUGCACACCGUUAUGAAUUAUUCAUAAACACGUGGUACAAGCAAUGGCGAAGCCUAAGCGUUUGGAAGGAGGCAAGGGAGGAGGGAAGGGGAAGGCUCGAGGCAGUAGGGGCCCAGCAAAGGGCGCGAAAGAUGUAGGCCUGAGCUCAAACAGCCGUCCCAAGUUCAAGCGAAACUCUGGAAAAUUCAAACCGAAGUCGAGAGGAAAACCUGUAGUCAAGGGGAAGGAGAAAGAGAAGAGAGCCCAGCCAAGUGUGGGGCCAGGCAGUGAUGGGGAGGCAGUAAUAACAACUGGAGCCAAGAGAAAGAGACAGGAACAGCAGGGAGAAGGCAAACAAGAGGGAGACAAGAGGUUCAAAGUGUUGGUGAAGAAGGUGAAAGAAAAGCAGCCCCUGACUCGCAAAGAACGCCGCGAAUUGAAGAAAAGGAAGAGAAAAAAUUACGACCUCAUUUCUCAGACUCUUCAGCUGUGGGAGAAACUGAGGAGACAUGAUCUGAAGGCUGUGGAACGCUCUGAUCUACUCGACCAAAUGAUGUCACUCAUUACCGGCCACAUCUAUGAGUUUGCUCUGAAGCACGAUACGGCUCGUAUUGUCCAGUGCUGUCUCAAGUUCGGCACUCCUCCACACCACACAACCAUCUUCACUGAACUGAAAGACCAUGUGGUUCAGCUGUCAAAGUCGAAGUACGCCAAAUUUGCAGUGAAAGCAAUGAUGAGACUGGGCACACCGGAGCAGCGUCACCAGCUGAUCUCCGGUCUCUAUGGCAACGUUCAUCGACUGGCCCGCCACAAAGAGGCGGCUGACGUGUUAGAAACGGCCUACAACGACUACGCCAACUCCAGCGAGAGGGCUAACCUCGUCCAGGAGUUCUACGGGAGAAAGUUUGCACUGUUCAAGAGCAAGGAGGGAGAGGGAGACCGUGCUGGAGCACAUGAGAGAGGCACUCGCCAAACUACUCGACAAGUCAGUUGUGAGGCACAGUAUCGUCCACAGAGCUCUACUUGACUUCCUCACCCACUGUGACCACACCUCCAGAUCUGUGAGCUCUGUUUUCUUCUGUGUUGUUGUGUUGUUGUUGAUGACAUUUACAUUGUUGUUGUUUACAUUUCUGUUUACGUUUUCAUUUGAACAUUUGUUUCUUUCUUGCUGUGAUCGUUGUUCUUUCCUUUGACGGUGUUUACAUUGUUGUUGUUUUUGUUGUUGUUUACAGGAUAUGAUAGACCAGCUCAAAGAGCUCCUGGUGGAAAUGCUCCACACGAGAGAUGGUUCCAGAGUCACUCUUCUCUGUCUCUGGCACGGGACACCCAAGGUGCGGAAGGCGAUAGUCAAGUCGUUCAAGCCGUACGUGAGGAAGAUAUGUGUGGAGGAGAAUGGCCACGUGGUGAUGAUGGGUGUGUUUGACACGGUCGACGACACAGUCCUCGUCAGGAAACACAUUCUCUCCGAGAUGGCGUUGGGUCUUGGAGAGCUGUGUGAGAGUCCAGUCGGUCGGAGGGUGGUCCUCUACCUCCUGAGUCCUCGUAACAGACGCCACUUCAGCUCCCAGUUCCUGCGGAACGUUCUGGAACCUGGCGACGGAAACAAACACACGAAGAAGCCACGAGAGGUGAGACACCGAGAGCUACUGGAGGGAGUGGCAGAACCUCUCCUGAGUCUGGCGAGAGAGAGAGCCUCGGACUGGGCUCGCAGCAAGCCUCACUCCCCACUGCUGCUCCAGAUAGCCGCCUCCCUCCCCGGUGCAGUGGCUCAUAUUGGUGCUCCUCUUGUGGAGCUACUGGCUGCAGACUUUGACCCCAGCGACCAUUUUGUGGUCCACCCCUGUGGACAUUGGGUUGUUAAGAGAUUACUGACCUCUGAGGAAAUAGGAGGAGGAGGGGAGGGAGGAAAUGGAGAAGAGGGGGGAGAAGGAGAGGAAGGAGGUGGGGAGGAGAGGGAAAAUGAGGACGAGAAGAGAGGAGGAAGCGGGGAGAAGGAAACUGGAGGAGACGAAAUCGAGAAGACGAGGUCUUUUGCAGAGAUGAUUCUUGAGGGAGUUUCGGAGGACAACAUAAGAGCCUGGACCAAUACCAACAGAGGGGCCUUCAUCGUUUGCAGCCUCCUCUCCAGUAAGGUGAACGGAGUGAGAGAGAAGACGAAGACCAUUCUAGAGCCGGCACUCAAGACCAUCAGAACUGGGACAUUGGAAGGACAGAAGGCUCUUUGGAAAGACAUCAAUAGCAACAACAACAAAACAAACCAUUGAAAAAAAUCUUGAUAUUGAAAGUGAGUCUAGAAGGUUGUGAUCAAUAGCAACACACAAG